GCGAAUCACGGGCGAAAUGAAGCUUUCUGAACCAUUUCGAAGAAAAUCUGCUAAAAGCUUCAUUAUCGGCAUUUACGUGGUUUUGGCGGGUUUGAAGCGAGAUUCAAAACAUGACACCGCAGCACUUCUGUUUCGGUACUACCGCUUCGAGCGGUGUGCUUCGAGCUCGACGAAGCCAGUCGUUUCGUGUGAUAAAAGUCGCAAUGUGUGAUGCCGUCGUUUAUUUAGGCGUUUGUUUUGUUGAAGAGGUUGCUGUCAUGGUGGCUUCAUCGGAACAGCUUUCUCCUCUCCGUGUGUUGACGGGCAGCUGUACGACGCGCUGAGGAGGAGGAUGAGGAUGAGGAUGAUGGUGGUGGUGGUGAUUAUGUGUCUGCGCUGGACUGACUGUGUUUGUCUAAGGUUUUAAUUAGCCGCUAUCGUAAAUUAGCUGCGAACGAACCUGUCAGAAUAAGGCGAACUGGUCUGGAAAGGACGGCAGGAGGAUUCGCUCCGGCUAUGGAAUUCAAGAUUUAAACCCCUCUGAUGAGAUUGGCUCCUAGGCCAAUCAGGCAGCUGAGUGAUUCACAGCCAGGAUUCACUGAGGUGGUCUGUCAGCAGUGAGUCCAUCAACCCACGUGGACACACAUUCUUUCAUCCCACUCCAUCAUUGCCAUUAUGUCUGUGCCAAGUGGUAGCCCAGAAAGAGAAGACUCUGUUGGGGCUCUCCCUCAACUAGACUGCCCUUCGUACCCUCCUGGCAUGGAUCCAGACCCACUUUCCUCAGGCAGUCCAUUGCUCAGCCCGGACUCAUCUUGUCACGAUGCAGUACUAUCAGCACCAGCGGCCUCCCCUGCAGACUCGGAGAAUCUGAGUCCAGAUGAACUGGAGCUGCUGGCCAAACUCGAAGAGCAGAACAGGUUGCUGGAGGCUGAUUCAAAGUCAAUGCGUUCAAUGAGCGGCUCACGGCGCAAUAGUGGCUCUUCUCUAGUCUCUAGCUCAUCUGCAUCUUCCAACUUGUCACACCUGGAGGAAGAUACCUGGAUCCUUUGGGGUCGCAUCGUCAAUGAGUGGGAAGAGUGGAGGCGCAAGAAGGAUAAACUCCUGAAGGAGUUGAUCAGGAAAGGCAUCCCUCACCAUUUCCGUGCCAUUGUCUGGCAACUGCUAGGAAAUGCAACAGACAUGCCCGUCAAGAACCAGUAUUCAGAGUUACUGAAAAUGUCCUCCCCCUGCGAGAAGCUCAUCCGCAGGGACAUCGCCCGCACCUACCCCGAGCACGAGUUCUUCAAAGGCCAGGACAGCCUCGGCCAGGAAGUGCUCUUCAAUGUCAUGAAGGCAUACUCUCUAGUCGAUCGAGAGGUGGGCUACUGUCAAGGCAGCGCCUUCAUUGUUGGUUUGCUGCUUAUGCAGAUGCCUGAGGAGGAGGCGUUCUGUGUCUUUGUGCGUCUGAUGCAGGAGUACCGUCUGAGGGAGUUGUUCAAACCCAGUAUGGCCGAGCUGGGCCUUUGUAUAUACCAGUUUGAAUAUCUACUACAGGAACAACUUCCAGAGCUCAACGUCCAUUUCCGGUCCCAGAGUUUUCACACAUCCAUGUACGCGUCAUCCUGGUUUCUCACCCUCUUCCUCACCUUCCUGCCUUUACCUGUGGCCACACGCAUCUUUGAUAUAUUCAUGUAUGAGGGCUUGGAGAUAAUCUUCCGUGUGGGCUUGGCCAUCCUGCAGUACAACCAGACUGACCUCAUCCAGCUGGACAUGGAGGGCAUGUCGCAGCAUUUCCAGAAGGUUAUUCCCCACCAGUUUGACAGCUGUCCAGACAAGCUGAUCCUCAGGGCCUACCAGGUCAAAUACAACCCCAAGAGGAUGAAAAAACUUGAAAAAGAAUAUACCACAAUCAAAAACAAAGAAAUGGAGGAGCAAAUUGAAAUUAAGAGGUUACGCACUGAAAACAGGCUGCUGAAGCAGAGGAUUGAAACACUUGAAAAGGAGAGCGCUGCUCUUGCAGACAGACUGAUACAGGGUCAGGUGACGAGGGCACAGGAGGCCGAGGAGAAUUAUGUGAUCAAGAGGGAGCUGGCGGUGGUGAGACAGCAGUGCAGCACGGCCAGUGAGAGCCUGGAGAAAGCGCAGGAUACUAUCAGAGAGCUGCAGCAGCAGAAGUACACAGAGCAGUUUGUCAGCGGCCUGCAGACCCAACUUGAACAGUCAAGACUGCGUGAGACUGAACUCCUGGGAGCACUGAAGGAAAUGCAAGACAAAGUUCUCGACCUGGAGAAGAGGAGCAGCUGCCUGCCUGAUGAGAACAACAUUGCAGCUUUGCAAGAGGAGUUGAAGCAGAUGAAACUGAGGGAGCUGGAGACUCUGCACUCAUUCAGGGAAAUGCAGGACUCCGUCACGGAGCUCAACCAGCGGUGGCAGCAUCAUAUGUCCCGUGCAAGUAGCACCGGCAGCGGAGGUGGCCACUGGAAGGAGUCCCCGAAGAAGAACGCCAUGAACGAACUGCAGGACAAACUGAUGACAGUCAGACUGAGGGAGGCCCAGGCCCAAGCGGAGCUUCGGGAGGUCAGACUCAAAGCCCUGCAGCUCGAGAGCCAGAAUCAGAUCCACAGUAAGCUGAUCGGUCGCCAUGAACAAGAACGCUCUGCCCUUCAGGACCGGAUCCAGCUGCUGGCCAAUCAAAACAAAGCACUCCAAGCCCAGCUGAAUGAGAUGAAACGGAAGCAAGCAGAAUCUGACUGCAAGAGCAAAGAGGAAGUGAUGGCGGUACGACUGAGGGAAGCAGACAGUAUGGCUGCCAUGGCUGAACUCCGGCAGAAGAUCGCUGAGCUGGAGAUACAGAAGGAGGAAGGGCUUAUCCAGGGCCAGCUGAACCACUCAGACUCCAGACAGUAUAUCAACCAGCUUCGAGACCAGAUCUCUGAACUCAAAAAUGAGAUCAGGCAGUUACGAGGGCAGAAGGCCCCCAGGAUCAGCGCCGGAGGUGUGAGUACCAACUUCCAGGACCUCUGCCUCACCAGCCCUGCCUCCGCUGAGCGGGACUAUCUGAGCUCAGACGAGGACCUCUUUCCGAGCGCGCUCCCAGCCAGUGCCCUGUACCCCACCCUCUCCGGCCCAUGUCGCCCGUCUGCACACCUGGACAGCGAGGGCAGCACGGACAGCGAGGCAGAGGAGCAAGCGAGGACACACUCGGACCCACAGCAGCUGUACGGCAGCAUGGUGUGUGCAGAGGCACUAGACAACUGAGACCUUCAGGGAGUGUAGGUGAUGCCACCCCACCCCCCUUCCCGCAACCAGACAGUGGAACACUACAAGACACCAUUAUCGGUUGUGGUCUUUGUCAGCUUUUCCAGUGUUUUCCUUUUACUUGAUGCACACAUAACGGUGUUACUCACACAUACACUGAUUGCCACUUGCUGUUUGACCGCUCCCAUUUCUGUCCCUGCCAUUGUGUUUCACAACCACGUGAAGCCUCUCUUCUUGUCCCCUUGUGUACCUGCUUCACGCCAACAAAAACCGUGACAUAUAUCCUCCCCAACGAACACGCACAUGUCAAGGAGGGACAAAAAGAACUGGACCUGCAGGACUGUUGCUGUUCUCGAGGACACGAGUCUGACUGUAUGAAAGGCACGAGGUGCGACAAACAGGUAGACAGAAGGGGGGGUGGCGGCACACCACCUCCUUGCAGCAUGGACUGAGAGCCUCUGUUCACACUGUACGCUCUGUCUGCACUCAUACAGCUCUCUCCUUCCUGAUUGGUUUAGAGUCUCUUUUGUCAUCGUCCAUCUUCACUGCCGUCAGAUGAAACAUGGUUUUUUCUUCAGCCAUCAGUUCGCCUCUUAAGGGAACAACUGUCAGGAGAGUGAGCAGGAGAACGUGUACUCAUCAAUGUCAUAGGUACCACAAGACAACAGUGACUUGUACUUUUAUCAUACUGUGUGUGUGUGUAUGUGUGGAUUGCAAAUGACAAAAAGGGGAAUGAUUGCGAUGGCUCAGAGAUCUUUACAAAAAAGAAAUUAAAUAUUGCCAAAUCUGUUUUUUUCCUUCCUUUUUUGUUAUUUAUAUAUUGUAAUUUAUUAAAUUUUCUUCUGUCAAUUUGAACAUAAGGCCAAACUUUCUACACUGUUUAGGUUCCCACCAUCCUUUGUGCCAACUUGAGCCCUGAGGCUGCUUGUAACAGGUCUACUAUGACCGAGACUGAAUACGUGCUGCUGUGUUUUUUGUUUUGUUUUGGGGUUUUUUUUGUUUGGUUUUUUUUUUUUUAAUAUUUCCAUUUUGAUUUCGUGCAUAAGUAGCAUUUAGCCUCCUCUCUGCAGAUCAUGAUCAUGACUACUGUGCAGAUGAAGCAAUUCGAACUGAGCAGGUUACGUUUCUUGGCCUUUAUCAAUUAUGGGAGCAGUUUGGUUUCCUCACAAACCAAACAUUAUUGCUGUCUGCUGGUCGGUUCAUAUCAUUGCCAAACAAAGUUGUGUAGCACAUCUGGCACAGUGAGCCCAGCGGUCUGCAGUUCUGCAGAAAAGUGUUCGUAUUGUUCAUGAGAGGCGUCUUCCGAUCUCUAAGUGUGUAGACUUAUCAAAACCAACAAAAGCAUUUUCUACAUCAAACAGUAUAUUUCCUUUAGAAAAUGGUGUCAGAUGUGUAGGGUCAAAUCUAAACAAAGAAAAUCCGUAUUGACUUACUAAUUAUAUAUCUGUAUAGAACUAAAAGCUGGAAAGUUGGUAUUAACACAAUGAAGGACAUGGAAACAAAGUUUGUUCUGCUAGACUGAAAAUAUUACUUAAAAACCCUAAAGUGAAGGGAGUGCUGGCUGCUGGUGGCCUGUUUUGGAAGUAAAAUACUUCAUUGUUGAGGUUGGGGGUCAUUGUUAAUAAACCACAGUGGAAAUGUGUAUAUAUACAUUGAACUCUCUGUAAAUUGAACAUUGAAGCUAUAGAAAUACAUAAACAGAUUGUUUAAUAAUGGUUUCCCUUAAAUUGGAAAGUCAUACUAUCUGAAUUACCCAACUAGUUGGGUACUAACUUGUCAUAGUUGACCAGUAUGAUUUGUCGUCCCAACCAGGAUAUUUAUUCAUUAUGUGUGUGACACAUUUUUUUCCUGCGAUUAGCAGAACAAGUAUCAGCAUAAUGUAAUCAGUCAAUGGGCCCACAACAUUUCCUUGAGUAACUCUGUAAAAACAUAAAAGUUUCAGCUUUGAAAUGUUAGAUUCUGAUAGAUUCAGGUCAGGACCAGUGAUUCUCCUGUUUUGGUCCAUAUUGGCAUCUUUAAACAAAAUCACUGCUGUUAUUCUUUUAUAUAUUGGUUUAAAUUAAAUAAGAAUGUUGACAGAGUGGACACAUUUGGGCUUGUUCAGGCAGUCAUGUGAAGGCCUGUUGCUAAAUGGCCACUUUGGCCACUUUUACUUAACUAUUAUAACUAACUGGCAACCUAACUGCUAAACCAACAGUUAACUGUGACAGUAACUACUCUAGCGUCAACCACAGUCAUUUGUAAUUAGCAUUUACUUUACCGUUGCCCAACUCAGUACUCAAAUGUGUCAUAAUGUCAGGUAUAAAUGGCGGUUCGCUCCAAACCCAGUAACUUUGAGAAAACGUUCAUCUCUGUAUGCAGAGUGAUGGGAC